AUGAGAAUUGUAGCCUUUGGAGAUAAAAAUACCCACAGGCAGCCGACUGACUUCAAAAGUGUUCAACUUAAUAUUAAAGGCCAAUACAGCGGAAAAACAAAGACGAUUACAGCUAUCGUUGUGCCUAAAAUUUGUAUUGAUGUUUUACCGGUACCGAAAAUAAGAAGUGAAAAACUGAAAUAUUUAAAACUUGAAUUAGCUGAUACUAACAUAAGUGGUGAAAAUCUUGUUGAUGGUAUUAACUUAUUAAUCGGUCAAGACCACUUUUGGCAAUUUACUGCGACCGAAAGCAAGCGUAUAUCUGAAAGGUUAGUUGCGGUUAAAACACUGUUUGGUUGGACAAUACAAGGAUGUAGUAGUAACUUAGCUGUAGACAGUUGUGUACUAAAUAUAUCCGAUAGCGUGGGCCAUGCGUUCGAUAUCUCUAAUUUUUGGAGACUAGAAUCGGUCGGUAUUACAAAUUUCCAAUCUAAUGAAGACCAAUCUGUUGUUGGAAAAAUCCGAUUAAGCAUAAAUCGAACUAACGGGCGCUACGUAGUCAAUCUGCCAUGGCGUAUUGGCAGCGGCGCAUUAGCCGACAAUAAGCAAGUUGCUCUCUCUCGUCUUCGUAGCUUAACGACGGGCCUGCUAAAACAUAGCGACAAACUUUACGAGUAUGAUGCAGGAAUUAGAGAGCUGUUACAGAACGGAUUCGCUGAAGCUGUUGACGGCACAACUUCUAAUGGAAAGAUCUACUACAUGCCGCAUAGACCAGUGUAUCGAGAAGAAAAAAUUACGACGAAAAUGCGAAUAGUAUUUGAUGCCUCGUCAAGUGAAGUCGGACUUUCUUCUCUAAACGAGCAUCUUAGUGUAGGCGACAAUUUGGUGGCGAAUUUGUUGUCUACCCUGAUAAAGUUUCGCUCGAACCCUAUAGCUUUAACAGCGGAUAUCGAGAAAGCGUUUCUGCAAAUCUCACUAGCCGAAAGUGACCGUGAUUGCCAUCGGUUUUUUUGGUAUGAGUCAACUCCUAAAGUCAAUAGCGUGUUACCAUCAAUAACCGAAUAUCGAAUGGCCCGAGUUACCUUCGGCGUAGCUUCAAGUCCCUUCCUACUAGCAGCAACGAUACAGACGCAUAUAGAGAGCUGUAGAGAUCAAUAUGGCGUGAUCUGCGACAAGCUAAAAGCUUCGUUUUAUGUUGACGAUCUGGUACUUAGCCUGCCAAACCGUAAAUCGGCUGACGACCUUUUUCAAAUGGCGAAUAGCAUAAUGGGCGCUGCCAAUUUCAACUUGCGUAAGUGGAAUACCAACGACAUUUUACUAAAGGCCUCUUUUCCAGUUGCAAAGCGUGACGAGUGUACGAAGCCUAAGGUGUUGGGCAUAAAUUGGUGCACAAUCGCGGAUGAGCUCAGCGUCGAAUUGGCAGGAAUUGUUGAAUAUUUACGAUCGUUAAGAGGCACCAAACGGAAUGUAAUGAAGGCGAUGGCAAAGAUCUACGAUCCCUUAGGAAUGCUUUCCCCAUUUGUCGUUCGAAUUAAAAAAUUGCUGCAAAGUGUGUGGAAAGCGAACCUUGACUGGGAUCAAACUUUGGAUGCAGAUCUGUUGUCAAGCUUCCAAUGCUGGCAAGAAGAGCUGCCAAUACUAAGCGGACUGCGUAUAAAGAGAAAUCUCACAACGUACAGCACAGCAACAAUCGAGAUGCACAUUUUUGCAGAUGCGAGCCCAAAAGCGUAUGGAGCGGUAGCAUACUUGCGGCAAAUUUCUCCUGAUAAGGAAAUAGUGACAAAUUUCAUUUGCUCAAAAAAUCGAGUAGCGCCUCUUGAGAAGAACUCAGUAAACACCGAACUGAGCUUACCGAAGUUGGAGCUGACCGCAGCCCUGAUGGCGGCCAGACUCAAAGCAUUUUUAGUUGAGGCUAUUGAUUGCGAUGUUUAUGCGACAUACAUGUGGACGGAUUCUACAAUUGCUUUGAAUUGGAUAAGAGGCUAG